AUAUAGGGAGCCACACUGACGCAUCGUUUGUUGUAUAGUCAACUCUUUUUUUUUUUUUUUUGGUCUUGUUUUGUUUUUUUAAGCCGGACUGAGACUUGCUUGUAGCGGGUAAUUGUUGUACCGCAUUCAACAGUGUUUUUAUAGCAAGAAGCAUGACUGAAGCAGCGGAAUCUUGCAGUACAAAGUAACGCCACUUCGUUUAAGAGUACAAAAAGAGGCUGAUUUAAAUCACUGAAAUGAGGUAUCACCAUCCUCAUAUUUCUUUUUGAGGAAAAAAAAUUUGUUUUUCUUUCUAUUGCUUUUGAACAAUGUCGAUUUGGACAGUUCUAAAAUGGAGCUACGAGCCUUAAAACUGGAGCAGAAACAUAUUUUUUGCCUCUGGAGGGAGAGGACUUAAACACAACAAGCUGAAAAAGAGAUUUUCCCCCCUGCUCCCUCUUCUCAGCAUUCCCUCAGUCAGUCGACGGAUUCUUGCCAUUACAGCUCAGUAGAGGGUGUCAGAUCUUUCUUAGAGCACCGCGCAAGGAUGGACACAGUCUCCUCGUUCCUCUUAUUGUGAUUCCCGAUUUGCAAAAAGAGAGAGAGAGAGAAGAAGAAGAAAAAGAAGAAGAAAAAGAAGAGGGGAAAGAAGGCGCAAACAAUCGAAGCGAAACGCUGAAGGAUGUGAAAGGAGGGGAUGCGGGUGUUUUGCAGCGGUGGGAUCGCUUGUAAAGCCCCCAGCGCGGGGUGUGAAUACAGCACCAGGGGAGAGGGGACAGCUCCCGACGCCGCAGCGCGGCGCGGCACGACUGAGAGAGAGAAGGGGAAAGAAGGGGGAAAAAGAGCCGUCGGUUUGUUCAGCCUUCCUCGCCCUGCCAAGGUCAGUCUACAACCAGCUGAAAAAGCUAAAAGAUGCGCGGGACUGCGCUGCCGCUGGCUGCUUUUGAUUUUUAUCGCAAACGCGCGGAAGAUCUGAGGAUUCAGUCGACGUGAAAGAGACGUUUAUCUGCGAUUAUUCAUAAGCUGGAAGUCUGGACACCAGAGCAGACUAUCGCAGCUCGUAUGUCUUGAAAACGGGAAUGAAUUGCUCACGUUGAAAAAUGCUGCUUUGGAUUGUUCUCCUGAAUGCGGCUCUUUGUGUUGCCAGUGGAAAUGUUACAAGGGACGUUUGUAAGGAGCAGAUAUGCUCCUGCAACGAGGUAGAGGGAGAUCUGCACAUAGACUGCGAAAAGAGGAGCUUCACCACUCUGCAGCAUUUGACUGGCCCGAGCUCACAGUUUUAUCACCUGCUGUUGCACGGAAAUUCUCUGUCCAGGCUGUUUCCAAACGAGUUCGCUAACUUUUACAACGCCGUGAGCUUGCAUUUGGAGAACAACGGCUUGCACGACAUCGUCCCUGGCGCUUUUCUGGGACUGCAGCUGGUGAAGAGACUGCACAUCAAUAACAAUAAGAUAAGAUCAUUCAGGAAGAGUACGUUUCUGGGGUUAGAUGACUUGGAAUACCUCCAAGCUGAUUUUAAUCUAUUGAGGGAUAUCGAUCCAGCUGUUUUCAGGGACCUAAAUAAACUUGAAGUGUUAAUACUUAACGACAACCUCAUCAGUGCGCUACCUAUAAACGUGUUCCAACAUGUGCCCAUUACGCAUCUCGAUUUGAGGGGAAACCGAAUUAAAACGUUGCCUUAUGAAGGGAUUCUUGAACAAAUACCGGGUAUUGCGGAGGUUUUGUUAGAGGACAAUCCGUGGGACUGCAACUGCGACCUGGUUUCUCUUAAGGAAUGGCUGGAAAACAUACCGCGCAACGCGCUGAUUGGGAGGGUGAUAUGCGAAGCUCCCACCAGGCUUCAAGGGAGCGACUUAAACGAGACGUCAGAAGCAGAGCUGUGUCCUUCACAGAGCGGCGGAGUGGACACCAGUUUGGUCGCCCCUCCCACUCAGGAGGAGACCUCACAGCCCCGCGGCCCUCGCCCCACGCCUUACAAGCCGAGCAGAGACGCCGCAGGCGGCGGAGCCCCGACCCCCGGCGGCCACGGUUCCAAAAGCCACUCCAAAGCUCGUGAGAACUGGCAGCUGAAAAUAAAGCCCACUCCAGCUGUGACAGGUGUGAGCGGGGACAAUGAGCAGCUGCGCAACAUGACGUGCCCGCAGUCGUGCAGCUGCAGGCUGGUUGGCUCCCGACAGGGGCUGGGGGUCAACUGCGAGGGCAAAAAGCUCGGGAGUUUGUCCAGCCUCAAACCAAAACCCCUGAUCGCCCACGAGCUGAACAUGAGAGAGAACAACAUCCACGCUGUGAAAAAGAACCAGCUACUCGGUUACUCGAGCUUAAAUCUGCUCGAUUUGGGUGGGAACAACAUCAAGGUGAUUGAUAAUAGCACGUUUCAAAACCAGAGCGAGCUCAGGUGGCUGUAUAUGGAUAAGAACUACCUGGAUACGCUGGUUACAGAGAUGUUUGUGGGCCUUGUGAACCUGGAAUAUCUCAGUUUGGAAUACAACAACAUCCAGCUAAUAUCUGCUGGUGCUUUUAGCCCCAUGCCAAACCUGAGGGUUCUGUUCCUCAACAACAACCUGCUCAAAUCUUUACCCGUGGAUGCUUUUCUUGGGAUUUCUUUAUCCAAAAUCAGCCUGCAUAAUAAUUACUUCCCCUAUCUGCCCGUUGCUGGUGUCUUGGACCAGCUCAACUCAAUCAUCCAGAUCGAUUUGCAUGGGAACCCGUGGGAUUGCUCGUGCAGCAUCGUCCCCUUCAAGCAGUGGACGGAGAAACUGGGGACCGACGUCAUAGUCAGCGACCUCAAGUGCGAGUCCCCAGAGGAGUUCUGGAAGCGAGACUUCCGCUACGUGCGGAAUGACCUCCUGUGCCCCAAACUGUACGAGCGUGUUCCCCCCACCUCUCUGUCUAAAAACAGCACUUAUACACAGGACUUGGGGACACGCUCGAACUCCUAUUUGGAGCCAAACAGGGUCUCCAUUUCGGUGCUCGUGCCCGGGCUGCUGCUGGUUUUUGUCACGUCCGCGUUCACCGUCGUGGGGAUGCUUGUGUUUAUUUUGCGGAAUCGAAAGCGCUCAAAGCGGAGGGACGGGAACUCAUCCGCGUCAGAGAUCAACUCCCUGCAGACGGUUUGCGACUCCUCUUACUGGCACAGCGGGCCUUAUCACGCGGACGGGGGCGCGCAUCGGGGUUUUGACUGCAGCACGCACCUCUCCACAACAAACGACGCUUAAAAAAGACUAAAAGAAAAAGCCUGGAUUACAAACAGCCAAAACAGACAGACACAAAUGACUAAAAUAAAACAAAAAACUGCAAACAAACUUGUAUGAACCAAGUAAGUCAGUCAGGUGCUGCAGGCCCCCUUCCACCCCCUUCCAACUAUGUAAUAUAUGUACAUGCCAAGCCAUCCUCCUCCUUUUCCUCCUUCUGUUUGCCGCAAUCGGAUUAUGGAUCCGUAAGACAAGGAAAAAAAAAAAAAAAAAAAAAAAAAAGGAGGAGAAAGCAGCGAGGGGAUGAAAUGCGUGCGUGUGUGUGUGUGUGAAAUCUAAAAGGACCUGGGGAAUGGUGCACGAACGCAUGAAUGUACAUGUAAAUACUCUGACUGAUGUAUCAUAAAAUGCAUGAUGAUAUUCCGCAUGGUUUCAACACACACACGACGGCGAGGAACCAUAACCACCAUAACCAACAAAGAGGCCAACUCGACCCCUUUCAUGUUCUAUCAAUACUAUAUAUAGAUAUUAAGAAUUAUAUAUGACUAUUACAAAGUGCCAUUUCUCUAUUUUUUGUGAACCUGCAGUUAGGAUUUGUAUUUGUUGUUUUAAAGUUGUUUGAAGAGAGAAGGGGGAAAAAAAACAAGAUUAUCAGAAGGAAGUGAAGCUGUCAGUGCAUGUUCUUUUCCGUUUAACAUUUUUUUGGCUUUGUUUUGUUUUGAUUGUCGAUAACUAUUGGGGUUAUUUAUACUAGGUGGCGGGGAUGUCAAGUCCACGCAGUCAUCAUCUCCUUUAUGAAUGUAAAACCGUGUUCUUUUAUGGUGUGCCAAUUGUUGACUUUCAGAUAUCCAGACAUGCAGAUGAGCAUGACCAGUUAACGUCACUCAGAUGCUUCUGCUGCAAAGUUAAUGUAGCUAAAAAUAAUAGUUCCGUGGUUUUGUGUGUCAAUGAAUAUAGCCUGCUUUGAGUGAGAGGAAGGCAAAAAAAAAAAAAAAAAAAAAAAAAAAGAAAUAAUUUCAAUGGGGGGUUUGUACCAUCAUAUUUUUUCAACAACGGAGCAAAGAAGUGUUUUCAAUUAAUUGAGCUAUAUGUAAUUCGAUCUAUGUAAAUGGCGCAUAUAGACUGGUAUAAAAUAGCGCUUUUUUAAUGUGAGAAAAAAAAGGAUUCCUCCACAAAACAAGCUUAUGGCUAUGAUUCACUUUCAUCCUAUUGUGAGCUUUUGUAAAGCCAUCUAAUCUUGUCCAAAUAAGAGAACUGAAACUCACUGUAUUUACAAAAUGUGCUUGGAAUAAGGCUGUAUUUAAUGGAUGGAAGAGGAGGGCAGGGGCUGGAGGGUCGCCUGUACAAUACAGACAUAUGAGAGGUGAUAGAUGCCUUUUUCAACUCAGCAUUUUGGAACUGGAGACACUCCGUUUGUGGGUCGCAUGGUCUUGUUUGUGGGCUUGUUUAACAACGCCAUGACUGAAUAGCUGUUUCUUUUCUUUUUCUUUUUUGUAUGCAGAGCUCAGCUAACAGAGGUGGCUGGUAGGAAAGUGGAGAAUCUGCUUUAUCUGAUCAAAGUAUUCAAGGGUAUGAUGUACAUCCAAGUGUUCUAACAUUUCCCUGUUUUUAAAGCUUAGAGUGAUGUGUGAAAAGUUCUGCUGCAGCAGAGUUGCAGCAGGAUGUGCAACUAAGAGUUUAUUAGCUUAGUGGGUGACUGAAUGCUGGCCUGUAAUGCAGAGUUGCAGGGUAACAAUUUA